UUCCGAUGUCAAAUAACCACAUGCCUGGUUCUGGUGGCCCAAAUUUACCUCUUUCUUCUUCAUAUAAUCAGAUACUAUUAUAAUAGAAGGACAAGAAUCUCUACCUGGGAGAAACCUCGAGAGCUGAUGACAGAAAUGGAGAGGGCAGACGCAUCAACUGGAUGGAGAGAAUUUACAAGUCCUGAGCGAAGAAAGUAUUACUACAACAAGGUUACUAGAACGUCCAAAUGGAGAAUGCCUGAUGAAGUCAAGUUGGCUCAUGAAAAGGACACCAUUUCGCACGCUUCUGAUUUUGGAUCUAUUUCUGUUGUUAAAAUAUCAUCCCCGGGUGCAGAUGGUUUAUUAGUCUCAGCACACGGUGCUAAAUCAAGCCUAAUUGCUAUGUCACCAACUGCUAACUUACCAACUAUUGUGGCUUCAGAAUCAUUAAGUUUAUCUGGUAAGGUUUCUUCUCCGAUGAUUGAAAUAGUCGAAGUGAAGAAUUCUUCAGAACCUGCUUCACCAGCUGUUGCUAAUUCGGAGAAAAUUGGAAUAGCAGCAACCUUGGGAAAUUCUUUCGCGCCAUCGGCUGCUGAGACUACUACAACUCAAGAUGCAGUAGUGUAUGAUGAUGGAUUUUCUUUGGAGAAUAGAGAGAAUGUCAAGAAAGAUACUGCAAUAACUGAAAUCGGAGGUGCUACUCCAUUAGAUGAGAAAACAGUCAAGUUGGGACCAUUAGUUUAUGAGAGCAAAGCGGAGGCAAAGAGUGUAUUCAAAAUUCUUUUGGAAUCUGCAAAUAUUGGGUCUGAUUGCACGUGGGAUCAGGCCAUGAGAGAAGUAAUUAAUAACUGGAGAUAUGGUGCUCUAAAAUCCCUUUGUGAGCGGAAGCAAGCUUUUAAUGAGUAUCUGAGCCAAAAGAAAAAACUGGAAGCUGAAGAGAGGCGUGUUAAACAGAAAAAAGCUCGGGAAGAUUUCAGGAUAAUGUUAGAAGAUUGCAAGGAGCUGUCACCAUCGUCAAGAUGGAGUAAGGCAAUCUCCAUAUUCGAACAUGAUGAACGUUUUAAAGCUGUUGAGCGAGCUAAAGACCGUGAGGACCUUUUUGAAGAUUAUGUGGUGGAACUUGAGAAAAAGGAGCAUGCGAAGGCAUUGAAGGAGCAGAAGCGCAAUAGAGUGGAGUACUUAGAAUUUUUUAAAUCAUGUGACUUUAUUAACGCCAGUAGCCAGUGGCGGAAAGUUCAGGACCGCUUGGAAACUGAUGAAAGAUGCUCCCGCCUUGAGGAAAUCGAUUGCUUGGAAAUUUUCCAGGAAUAUAUACGUGAUUUAGAGAACGAAGAGGAGGAGCAAAGGAAACUGCGGAUGGAAGAAUUGAGGAAAGUUGAACGUAAAAAUCGUGAUGAGUUUCAAAAACUAAUGGAAGAGCAUGUUGCUGCGGGAAUACUUAAUGCAAAAACUAACUAGCAUGAUUAUUGCAUCAAAAUUAAAGAUUUUGCUGCAUAUCUAGCUGUCUCAUCGAAUACUUUAGGAUCAACAGCAAAAGACUUAAUUACAGAUGUUAUGGAUAAGCUGGAGAAACGGUAUCUUGAUGACAAGUCACAAAUUAAAGAUGCAGUUAGGAUGGCCGAGAUUGGAUUGACAUCAACCUGGAUGCUUGAUGAUUUUAAGGUUGCAAUCGCCAAGUAUAUUAGCUCUCCACCAAUGUCAGAUACCAACUUAAAUUUUGUCUUUGAGGAGUUACUGGAAAGGGCCAGGGAGAAAGAAGAAAAAGAAGCUAAAAAGUGUAAACGUCUAGCAGAUGAGUUCUAUGAACUUCUUCAUGCAUCAAAGGAAAUUACUGCAUCAUCGAAAUGGGAGGACUGCAAAUCCCUCUUCGGAGAUAGGCAAGUAGCUUCUUUUUCUUUUAUUGAUCUAGAAUUAGUAACAUGAUUGCAAGG